GGUUAUAAUAAAAAAUGAAUUUUUGAGAAAUUUUCCUUUUGAAAAAUAUAAAAGGGAUAUUUUUUUCCGAAAAAAUGACAUUCAAUUUCACAUUGUAUUUCUAAGUUGUGAACUCUACUUUUCCUCUAAAUCAUUUUCUGUUUUUAAUAUAUUCAGAAUAGUCAACUGUGCAUUUUGAUGUUCACUGAAAAGAUUCAUUAUACCGCGGGAAUUAUAUUUCGUGAAUGACUGACAACCGAAUUAAUAUCACUGGUAACAUCGCAUUGUUUCAUGUGUCGUGCAUUGUGUAUAUAUAAUCCUCAUUUGAGGUUAUGUUACCAACAUAAAGGUUACUGAUUACAAUCGCUUGCCGAAUCGUUUGUAAAUGAAUAACACAGGCGGAGUAGACCAUAAUGCUGAACCGCAGAAGAAACAAGACCCUCCGAAAGGACACAUCCAGGCAUGUUUUGAGAGAACAGGGCUCACCCCGAAGACGUUCAUUGCGCUGGUCGCCUUCAGCACCGCUUACAUCUUCCUCUAUGUCAUAGUCGGAUCCAGCUGCUUGGGAUCCAUCAUAUUCGUUAUUAGCUUCCUCUUCACUUUCGCCUGUAUCUUCUUCCUCCUCUGGAUAACCUGCCGCUCAUAUUUAAAGAAAGGAAAUCCUGAGGAAAAACCAGUUAGUAAACCUAACCAAGAAGUAGUGACAAAUGAUCCACCCGCAAGAUAUCAGUCAACCGGAGCUGUAGAAGAACAGAAACCCCUGACAUCAGCACAAGAAGAAGAAUAAAAAUAAAAAAUACUUAAAACGAAUAUUUUUUAUUAUCGUGUAAAUCCUUAAGGUAAUCUUUACCUUAAAUCUGCAAUGCUUUCUGAAAGGACCAGGCUUAUUGGAGGAGGUGAAGAAGAAAAACAAAGAUUCUUCGUGAAAUAGAAAAACUUUAUUCGACUGUCAAGAAAAUGUAGCUAAUAAUAAUUAGUUAUAAAAAAAGAUGAAAUAACAAAGUGGUUACAUUUUAAUGUUUUAACUUUGUAAUUUUAAACAGAAACAAAAUGGAAAAACAUUUUCAAGUUUUUCACUCAUGGCAUAACUGGUAACCUUUCGGACUAUUAUGCUCAAACUAGUAAAUGCUGCCCAUUGUCUUUGGAUUUAUGUUU